UUGCCUCAUUUUUAAUGGGUUGUGAAUGAUCCCAUUAUGCUCUGCUUGACAUACUGAAAGGAACUGUCUCCAGCAGAUGCUGAAGGUACAUCCUCCAAAGAGUGCCAAGCCAGUCUUAAAUAGCACUUCUAAACACCCAGUAUUGGGAGUAACUUUUAAAAAUGUUGUUGCCAGGUUCAGGUGGUUGGUCCAGACUUGUGCAGGGGCCGAGUCACAGCGUGUCUUUCUGAAUGACUGGUGGUUCCUCCUCCCUGGCCCUUCAGAUUCAGGGUGUCUGUGUGACCCCACCAUGACAUCUGUGACAAUCCAGCUUCCUCAGAGCAUUUCUUCACUGUUUUGUUCUCAGAAUUGUCCUCAGUGCUUCCAGCAUUAAGCCCGUGGGAAGGGCAGUGGAUAGGGAUUCCUCUGCAGUUUGCUUUCUAGUACAGCAUCGCUGCUGACACCUGUGGUAGCAGCCAGCUGAGGACUAAUGGUUUCCUGCAUCUACUUUUAGCAUUGUCUGCUGCUAUUGUUCACUUUUUGGAAAGGUUCAGCAGCUGGGAAUAAUUUCAGAGAGUCUGCCUUGCCAGAUCCAAGGAUAUGAGUCCCACUUGCCAUUGCCAGGCAGCUUUUAAUGGCUAGAUAUAAAAGCUUUUCUCACCCAAGAGAGAAGUCCCAGAUGGUAUUUGAGAAAGGCUGGAGAUGAUAGGCUCAGGCAGUCACUUGCACGGCCCCUGUGCUCGAAUCUGCAGGGAGAUUUGUUGACACUGGUGGUUACAUCAGAGCUGGAGUCGGCCGCGUGGCGCCCGUUCAAGGAUGCGGCGUGUGCUGUAUCCCCACGCGGCUCCCAGAGCUGAGUGAGGAAACGCUGCCUGGCAGGAGAGAGCUGCUCCUGAGCCUGCUCCAGCACCACACAGCCAUCAGGGAGCCACUAUCUCUUCCUCUUAUACCGAACAAUCAAACCAAACAUGCCGCUGCUUGCGCCCGGUAUUUGGGAGAGAUGCUUAAUUGAGAGGUUUAGAAGGAAAAUUCCUGAGAUUAUCCUCCAAGCAGCAUUUUUCCACCCCGGUGUUAGUCAGAGCUGAAUCAGAGGAGUUGGAUCCUCUUGGCUCCCAGCCUUUCCAACCCAAGUGCCAGUUAAUACUAACACUGCAAUGAACUCGGGCUCGGUGCGAGCCGAAUCAAACACCCUACCUCAGUCACAAAAUAAGCAGGAUAUUCUUUGGACUGUGGCAGAUCAGACACUGCGAAAACAUCGGAGCCCUGGCUCACAGCUGAUGCCUCCGAAAAUGACAUGUCUUCCCAGUGUCUGAUUGCUUGUUUUGAUCUCUGCUGAUGAAGAUGGAUGCAAUCAGGGGAGCAGUCCCUGGUGAGCAACAGGGGAUAUAAAACCAGAAGCCAUUUUGCACAAGCUGAUGCUAUCCAUACAGAGAAUUGAAAAUCCUGAAGAAUGGCUCUACCUACGUCCAAGUAUCUGGCUGGAAGUUUGGGGUUUUUUCUGUUUGUAGUCUCUUCAGUAAGCACAGCAGAAGCAGCUGUCACAUGUCCUGACAGAGAUCCUGAGUUGGAAAUCUGGAACCCAGGUCACAACGAAGAAAACCGCGUUGAGAUCCGCAAAGGCAGGAAGCUGCUCCUCUCUUCUUCUGCGACUGUCCACUCCAUCCACAUCACUGAUGGAGGGAAACUGGUCAUCAAAGACGAUGUGCAGCCCAUCACCCUGCGUACAAGACAUAUACUCAUUGAAAAUGAUGGAGAGUUACACAUUGGCAGUGAGCUGUGCCCUUACCAAGGCAAUGUGGUUAUCAUCUUAUAUGGGCGAGCGGAUGACGGCAGCCAGCCAAACCCUUACUUUGGACAGAAGUACCUUGGAGUCAGCAAAGGUGGCACUCUUGAGAUCCAUGGAAAGAAAAAGCUGUCCUGGACUUUCCUAAACAAGACUCUUCACCCUGGUGGCAUGGAGGAAGGUGGAUAUUACUUCGAAAGGAGCUGGGGCCACCGGGGUGUCAUUGUCCACGUCAUUGACCCCAAGACGGGAGCAGUUGUCCACUCAGACAGGUUUGAUACCUACAGAGCAAAAGAGGAAAGUGUCCGCCUGGCUCAGUAUUUGGGUAGAGUUGCAAAUGGCAUGAUCCUGUCAGUUGCAGUGAAUGAUGAAGGAUCCAGAAAUUUGGACGACUUGGCCAGGAAAGCAAUGACCAAACUGGGCAGCAAGCAUUUCCUCCACCUUGGGUUUAGGCACCCAUGGAGUUUUAUUACCAUCAAAGGAAAUCCCUCCUCUUCUGUUGAAGACCACAUUGAAUAUCAAGGUCACAAAGGGUCAGCUGUAGCCAAAGUAUUCAAACUAUUCAAAGCUGAGAAUGGAGAAUAUUUUAAUGUCUCUUCAACGAGCGAGUGGGUUCAAGAUGUAGAAUGGACAGAGUGGUUUGAGAAGCCUGACAAAGCGAGAUCUAAGGACAUGGAGAAGCUGUCUGACUUCAAAGCUGCUCAUCCUGACAAAAUCUGCAGGCAGCCCAUUGACAUCCAGGCAGUGACUCUUGAUGGAGCAGAUUUAACCACUGAGGUUUUCUACAAGGGCGGCCACGAUUACCAAUUCCUGUGCCACGGCAAGGACCAGACAGGAGAGGGCUGCCACAACUACAGAGUGAGGUUCCUGUGUGGCAAAUCUGUGAAGCCAAAGCUCACAGUAACCAUUGACACCAACGUGAACAGCACGAUCCUGAAUCUGGUGGAUGAUGUGAGCUCGUGGGAGCCUGGGGACAGGCUGGUGGUGGCCAGCACUGACUACUCCAUGUACCAGGCAGAAGAGUUCCAAGUGCUGCCCUGCAGAACCUGCAGACCCACCCAGGUCAAGGUGGCAGGGAAAGCCACCUACCUGCACAUGGGCGAGGUGGUGGAUGGCGUGGACAUGCGGGCAGAGGUGGGGCUGCUGAGCCGCAACGUGGUGGUGAUGGGCGAGAUGGAGCCACAGUGCUACGAGUACAGCAGCAAGCUCUGCUCCUUCUUCCACUUCGACACCUUUGGGGGACACAUCAAGAUUGGUCUUGAUUUUAAGGCUACCCACAUUGAAGGUCUAGAACUGAAAUACAUGGGCCAGCAGACAAUGGGGCAUUACCCAAUUCAUUUCCAUAUGGCUGGAGAUGUGGAUGAGAAAGGAGGCUACAACCCUCCAACGUAUGUGAAGGAAACCUCCAUCCACAACACCUUCUCCCGCUGUGUCACAGUCCAUGGAUCCAACGGUUUACUGGUGAAGGAUGUGGUGGGUUAUGAUGCUCUGGGCCAUUGCUUUUUCACGGAGGAUGGACCAGAGGAACGCAACACGUUUGACCACUGCCUUGGGCUGCUGGUGAAGCCCAGCACGCUGCUCCCCUCCGACCGUGACAGCAGGAUGUGCAAGCUGAUCACAGAGGGAGCCUACCCAGGCUACAUCCCUAAGCCCAGGCAGGACUGCAGUGCUGUAUCCACCUUCUGGAUAGCCAACCCACACAACAACCUCAUAAACUGUGCAGCUGCUGGAUCUGAAGAAACAGGAUUUUGGUUUGUCCUGCACCACGUGCCCACAGGCCCCUCGGCAGGGAUGUAUUCCCCCGGCUACUCCGAGCACGUGCCGAUGGGGAAAUUCUCCAACAACCGCGCGCACUCCAACUACCGGGCUGGAAUGAUCAUUGAUAAUGGCGUUAAAACCACCCCAGCCUCUGCCAAGGACAAGAGACCUAUCCUGACACUGAUUUCUGGGAGGUACAGCCCACACAAGGAUGCUGAUCCUUUGAAGCCCAGGGAACCUGCAAUAAUCGAGCGCUUUAUUGCCUACAAGAAUCAGGAUCACGGGGCCUGGCUGCGAGGUGGAGAUGUGUGGCUGGACAACUGCCAGUUUGCUGACAAUGGCAUUGGGCUGACCUUGGCCAGUGGUGGGACCUUCCCUCACGAUGAUGGCUCCAAGCAGGAGAUCAAGAACAGCCUGUUUGUUGGUGAGAGUGGGAACCUGGGCACCGAGACGAUGGACAAUGAGAUCUGGGGGCCUGGAGGUCUGGACCACAGGGGAAGGACGCUGCCCAUCGGCCCGGAUUUUCCCAUCCGAGGGAUUCAGUUCUACGACGGGCCCAUCAACGUCCAGAACUGCACGUUCCGCAAGUUCGCGGCGCUGGACGGGCGGCACACGAGCGCGCUCGCCUUCCGCCUCAACAACGCCUGGCAGAGCUGCCCCAACAACAACGUCACUGACAUCCACUUCCAGGAUGUCCCCAUUACUUCAAGAGUCUUCUUUGGAGAACCUGGCCCAUGGUUCAAUGAUCUGGAUAUGGAUGGUGACAAAACAUCAGUUUUUCAUGAUGUGGAUGGUUCUGUGUCAGAAUAUCCAGGCUCCUACCUGAUCAAGGAAGAUAACUGGUUAAUCAAACACCCUGACUGCAUUGAUGUGCCCGACUGGAGAGGCUCCAUCUGCAGUGGACACUUUGCACAGAUAUACAUCCAAGCCUACAAGCCAGCCAACCUGAAAAUGAAAAUAAUAAAAAAUGACUACCACAAUCACCCACUCUACUUGGAAGGGGCUUUGAGCAAAAGCACUCAUUACCAGCAGUAUCAGCCAGUUGUAACUCUUAGGAAAGGCUACACCAUCCACUGGGACAAGACAGCCCCUGAAGAGCUGGCCAUAUGGCUCAUCAACUUCAACAAGAAUGACUGGAUCCAAGUAGGGUUUUGCUAUCCUAAAGGGACGACGUUUUCCAUUCUCUCAGACAUCCACAACCGUCUCUUGAAGAAAACAUACAAAACUGGAACCUUCUACAGAACCUCCCAAAUGGAGAAACUGGAGCACAGAUAUCCUACCAAAGGCUAUUACUACUGGGAUGAGGACACUGGGCUGCUGUUCCUGAAACUCAAAGCUCAAAAUGAGAAGGAGAAAUUUGCUUUCUGCUCUGUAAAGGGCUGUGAGAGAAUAAGAAUCAAAGCUGUGAUCCCAAAGACAGCUGGUGUCAGCGACUGUGAGGCCACAGCUUACCCCAAGUACAUCGAGACACCAAUAGUGGAAGUGCCAAUGCCAAAGAAGCUCUCUAGUGCACAACUGAAGACCAAGGACCACCUAAUAGAAGUGAAAAUAGAAACUUACAAGAAGCAGUACUUCCACCUGAGGGAUGACUUUGCAUACAUUGAGGUCGAGGGUGUCAGGUUUUUCCUCACUGAAGAGGGUAUCCAACUGGUUGUGAUUGAUGGACACAAUGGAAAAGUUGUUGAUCGAGUUACAUUCAAAAACUCCAUUCUACAAGGAAUCCCAGCACAGAUAGAGAAUUAUGUCAACAACAUCAAAGAUCACUCCAUAGUGCUGGUGACGUCUAAAGGAAGGUUCAUUUCAAGAGGACCAUGGACUAAAGUACUGGAGAAACUUGGAGCAGGAGAGGGUUUUAGGUUAAAAGAAAAAAUGGCUUUUGUUGGCUUCAAGGGCAGCUUCCGCCCUGUCUGGGUGAAGCUGGUCACGAGCGAGGACUCGGCUAAAAUCUACCAAGCACUGCCAAUUCCUGUGGUGAAGAAAAUGAAGUUGUGAGGACACCCUGCAGUGCCUGCUGGCCGCCAGCACUGCCCUUGGGACGGACAGACGGAUGGACAGAUGGACAGACGGACAGAUGGACAGAUGGACGGACUACUGACCGCUCUGCGCAGAGCUCGCCCUCCUGCGCCGCCCGUGUAGCAUUUUGUUGUUGUUGCUGUUCCAAAAGCAAUCUCACUGUAAGUAGCUAGAGUGGCUCC